AUGCCACCCCUAUUGACUCAAGUUGCACGUAUCUCUGAUGGGCUCCCACUGGUUGCUUCUCAAACUCCAUCACCUGGUACUCCCCUGACAAAUCAACACCAGAAGGAAGCCAAAGACAUCUUGCGCAAGAUCACUACAGGAACGCCAACGAAGAUGUCCAUUACCUCCGGUGACAUGGUGUUCUACUACAUGACUCGCGAUAGUCUGUGUUUCUUAACAUUGGCGGAAGCGAGAUAUCCAAAAAGAUUGGCGUUUCUCUAUUUGGACGAGGUGUGUGACAUGAUCCUCUCGGAACUUGUCAAGGAGUUUGACAGCAAUUGGAGAACGGAGGUUGACAAAACAGCCAGACCAUUUGCAUUUAUUCAUUACGAUCCAAUUAUCCAACGGAAGCAACGCGAAUUCCAGGACGAACGGCUACAGAGAUCGAAGCUAAAUGAUGAUCUGAGCGAGAUUCAAUCGAUUAUGAAAAAGAAUAUCAAUGAUUUGUUAGAUCGAGGGGAAAAACUCGACAAUGUCCAAAACAUUAGUCAGGACUUGCUCAAACAAUCAAGUGGUUUCAAGUGGGGAACAAGAAAAUUGACGUGGCAAGCGCGAUUACAACAAGCUGCACCGAUACUUGUUGGAGGCUCUAUUGUUGCCUUUGUAACUUACGUUAAGUUUUUCUGGUGA